UAUGGAGGUGGGAAACAAGCGCUGAACUUUUGGUUCCGGCUGAGAAUGAGAAAGACGCUUAAAGAACUGACUCGUUUUCUGUGAUGCUUUUACUAUGAAAAGUUUUAAAUCGCGUUAAACGCUGUGUUCUAUUAACCCGCUUAAGAUUAGUCUCUUUAUAACGCGGGCACACUUUAACCUCAGGAGCUCUCUGACGUCAGCCGGUACACACAGCGGAGCACCAUGGCGGAUGAAGCCACACGAAAAACCGUGUCUGAAAUCCCGCUGUUAAAAACCAACUCUGGACCGAGAGACAAGGAGCUGUGGGUCCAGAGACUGCGGGAGGAAUACCUGGCCCUCAUUAAAUAUGUUGAGAAUAAUAAAGCGGCUGACAAUGACUGGUUUCGUCUAGAGUCCAACAAAGAGGGCACGAGGUGGUUUGGGAAAUGCUGGUAUAUCCAUGAACUUCUCAAGUAUGAAUUUGACAUGGAAUUUGAUAUUCCUGUCACAUAUCCAGCCACAGCACCUGAAGUGGCAAUUCCUGAACUUGAUGGGAAGACAGCUAAAAUGUACAGGGGUGGCAAGAUCUGCCUGACUGACCAUUUCAAACCACUUUGGGCAAGAAACGUGCCAAAAUUUGGAUUAGCACAUCUUAUGGCCCUUGGACUUGGACCUUGGCUUGCAGUAGAGAUACCUGACCUCAUUUCUAAAGGUAUAAUACAACACAAAGAGCAGCAGAGCAGCUGAAAAGGGAUUCCAGAAAAGAACAACACCUUGUCUUAACAAGAGAGCUACAGACCACCUACAGACAGCCUUAGAGGCAUAAUGUCAUCUUUCUGUUGAGAAGGACUCUUAAACAAAUGAUCUGUUUGGCCUUACAGCCACAUGUACUGUAUGGCAUUCCCGCCACACCUGUGUUUUUGCUAAACGUCCAUUUAAGCCUAGAAAGAGCAUCUAUUGUUUAUAUUUUGUCAUUAGCAAAGAAAGUAAGCCAGAUUACAGGACCAUACUAAUUUAUGGAAUUAAAUCAUCUAUUGCGUUGUAAAGCUUUUCCUUAUUUCUAUAUGUCUUUAUGUUUAACACACUGACAACAGAUUAAACGGAAGUCACCUAUCAUA